AUGGAUGAACUGGAGAGGUUGAUGACUCUGCCACAAUUUCAAUAUUCCUCUGUUGUUGAUUAUAUCACGGGGGAACGUGUCAGGGCUGCACUGCAGUCAUUCAGUCCGUAUAAAUCUGCAGGCCCUGAUGGUUUGCCACCAGUGGCCUUGCAAGCACUUGGUAAGAAGGCAAGAGGUCUUCUCGUGGAGAUAUAUAGAUACUCAGUGGGGUCAGCAUGGGUCCCUGAGAUGUGGAAGAAAAUGAGGGUGGUGUUUAUCCCAAAG